AUGUCUGACUCCGAGACGCCGGUCUCCUCUCUCGGCCCCUGGCCGGGGGCAUCCCGGAGGUCUUGGGCUGAGCUGCUGGAUGGAAGGGUCAAGAGGCAAAAAUAUAAUCCUGAAAGGGAACAAAAAUUAAGGGAAUCAGCUGUGCAUCUCCUGAGAAGCCGCCAAAACUUGAAUGACCUUUUGCUUGAGGUAGAAGGUCCACCAUGUAAAAAGUUGUGUCUCGACAGAUUGAUAGAUUGUGACAGUCCUGAGGCCCACACUACUCAUUCUAGUUCAUUUAUAGGCUCUGCCUUGCAGGAUCAGGCCUCAAGGCUGGGGGUUCCAGUGGGCAUCCUUUCAGCCCAGACGGUUGCCUGCAGCAUGGGGCAGAUCUGCAUGGCUUCAGCGGAGGCUGGUCUCACUGUGCUGCUGACGGCAGAGCAGAGGAAGAAACUGUCUUCCUUGCUAGUGAAAGCUCAGUAUUUGUUGGCACACAGCAUGUUCUCCCGCGCUUCCUUCUGUCAAGAACUGUGGAAAGUGCAGAGCUCAUUGUUGCUUGAAGCUGUGUGGCAUCUUCAUGUACAGAGUGUCGUGAGCCUGCAGGAGCUGCUGGCAAGCCAUCCUGACAUGCAGGCCAUGGGGACGUGGCUCUUCAGAAACCUGUGUCUUCUAUGUGAACAGCUGGAAGCGUCCUGUCCGUACUCAGAUGUCGCCAAGGCGAUGCUUUCUGAUUUUGUGCAGUUGUUUGUUUCGAUGGGAUUUCAGAACUCGGAUUCAAGAACUUUGGAGCCUGAAAAGAUGCCCCAGGUUGCCCUUGGUGUGCUGCAGGGGAUGCUGACUUUUGUACUUGAUGCUUUGGCUGCUGGCCUACAGGAGGAGUCCUCGUCUCACAAGGUCGUGAGGUGCUGGGUCAGCGUGUUCAGUGGAGACAUGCUUUGCCACAUCAUCUCCACGGAUUCUCCGAAGAGAUUUUUCAGUCACUCUCUGAGGCAGAUAUUCACUCACAACCCGGUGCUGAAAGCGUCAGAUGCCAUUCGGAUGCAGAGGGAAUGGAGCUUUGCACGGACGCCCACUCUACUCACCACUCUGUACCGCAGGCUCUUUGUGAUGUUGAGUCCAGAGGAACUAGUUGGACACUUGCAAGACGUUCUGGAGACUCAGGAGGUUAACUGGCAGCGCGUGCUCUCCUGUGUGUCUACGCUGGUCAUCUGCUUCCCAGAAGCACAGGAACUACUUUGCGACUGGGUGGCACGUUUGAUGGCCCGUGCGUUCGAAAGCUACCAUCUGGACAGCAUGGUCACUGCGUUUCUGGUUGUGCGCCAGGCUGCACUGGAGGGCUCCUCUGCAUUCAUGUCGUAUGCAGACUGGUUCAAAGCCUCCUUUGGGAGUGCGCGUGGCUACCACGGCUGUAGCAAGAAGGCACUGGUCUUCCUCUUCAAGUUCUUGUCAGACCUUGUUCCCUUUGAGGCUCCCCGGUACCUGCAGGUGCAUGUCCUCCACCCGCCAUUAGUACCAGCCAGAUACCGCUCCCUCCUCACGGAUUACGUCUCCCUGGCCAAGACACGCCUGGCGGACCUUAAGGUUUCUAUAGAAAACAUGGGACUCUAUGAGGACUUGUCAUCAGCAGUGGACAUCACAGAGCCCCACAGCCAAGCGCUUCAGGAUGUUGAGAAGGCCAUCGUGGUGUUUGAGCACACGGGGAAAAUUCCAGUCACUGUCAUGGAGGCCAGCAUCUUCAGGAGGCCCUACUACAUGUCUCACUUUCUUCCUGCCCUGCUCAUACCUCGAGUGCUCCCGGCAGUCCCUGACUCUCGAGUGGCUUUCAUAGAGUCUCUGAAGAGAGCAGGUAAAAUUCCCCCAUCUCUGUAUUCCACCUACUGCCAGACCUGCUCCACUGCUCAAGAGAAGACGCCAGAAGGUACAUUCCUGGGAGCGAGGACAGAACCCGGCUGUGCUGAGGUGCCCCUGGGACGGCUCACAGCUGCACUGGAAGAGCUGAGAGCCUCCAUGGUCGACCCUACCCGAUGUGAUGUGAUAUCUACUCAGCUGGCAGUGAUUUCUGACAGACUGAGGGCCAUCCUGGAUCACAGUAAAGAUGACGGCAGCACUGAGCUGUCAGAGAUUCAGCUCAGUGUCGACACUCCAAAACUCGAACCACAAGAACAGAAGGUUGUGGACCUCCUGCUGAUGUCUUUCUGUCAGAACCUGAUGGCAGCCUCCAGCUUUGCCCCCCCAGAGAGGCAGGGCCGCUGGGCCACCCUCUUUGUGAAGUCCCUGUGUGGAUAUGCACUCCCUGCGCUGCUCUCCCGGCUCUGCCAGCUGCUGCGUCAUCAGGGCCCAACCCUGCAUGCCUCGCACGUGCUGGGUCUAGCCGCCCUGGCUGUGCACCUGGGUGAGUCCAGGUCUGUGCUGCCAGACGUGAAUGCGGGUCCUCUUGCCCCUGCUGGGAGCCUUCCCAUCACUGAACUCUUUGACAGCCUGCUGACCUGCAGGACGCAUGAGACCAUGCUAUUCUGCCUGAAAUUUUGUACAGCGGCAAUUUCUUAUGCUUUGUGCAAGUUUUCUUCCCAGUCACGUGGUGUUUUGUACAGCUGUUUAUCUCCAGGCCUUAUAAAAAAGUUUCAGUUCCUUGCGUACAGAUUGUUCUCAGAGGUCCGAGAACCAGCCUCUCAGGAGGAUGGAGCCAGUCUUCCCUGGAGGCCCUUGUACCUUCCUUCUGCAGACUGGCAGAGAGCCGCCCUCUCUCUGUGGAGACAGACCGCCUUCCAAGAGCUGUUGAAGGAGAAAGCCUUUCUCCUAACUUACAGAGACUGGUUACUGCUGGAACUAGAAAUUCAACCUGAAGUUGAUGUUCUUUCAGAUACAGAAAGACAGGACUUCCAGCAAUGGGCGAUCCACGAGCACUACCUCCCAGAGCCCUCUGCCUCCGGGGGCUGCAACGGAGACCUGGAGGCUGCAUGCACAGUACUGGCCAACGCACUGAUGGACUUCCACCAAAGUUCGAGGAGUUAUAACCGCUCAGAGAAUUCUGAUUUGGUCCUCGGUGGCCACACAGGAAAUCAGGAUAUUAUUUCCAGGUUGCAGGAGAUGGCUGUGGAUCUGGACCAGCAGCCAACCCCCCUGAGGCCCCUUAGCCACCUCUCUCCUCAGGGGCGCUUCCCUUUUGGCGUCUUCCGCAGCCGGCUCCAGGCUCUGAAAAGCGGGUGGGACAUGGCCGCAAGCCUUCAGAGGCAGCAGGAACUGCUCCUGUACAAACGGGUCCUCCUCCGCCUGCCUCCGUCGGUGCUUGCUGGCAGCUCCCAGGCCGGGCCAGCCGCUGCCAGCUGUGAGGAGUUCUUCCACCUGGUCAACUCGGAACUGAGAAACUUCUGUUGCCACAGAGGUGCCCUGACCCAUGACAUCACUGCCCACUUCUUCAAGGGCCUCCUGAACGCCUGUCUACGCAGCAGGGACCCCUCCAUCACGGCCAAUCUCAUGUUGACUGAGUGCCAGACAAAAUGCCCCUUAAUUCUGAUCUCGGCUCUGUUGUGGUGGCCACGCCUGGAGCCCGUGCUGAUCUGUCAGUGGAGGAGGCACUGCCAGUGCCCACUGCCCCAGGGGCUGCAGAGGCUGCGGGAAGGCCAGCAGUUUGCCAGCAACUUCCUCUCCCCUGAUGCAGCCUCCCCGGCCCCUGCCCCAGCCUGGCUCUCGGCUGCCGCAUUGCACUUUGAGAUUCAACAAGUUGGGGAAGAAGCCAUCAGACAGCUGAAGAAGCUGGACUGUGAGGGAGAAGAGCUGCUGGUUUUUCUUCUGUUUUUUUCCUUGAUGGGCCUGAUCUCGACACAUCUGACCCCACAUGGCACCUCGGACUCCCUGAAGGCUCUGGACAUUUGCACUGAGAUUCUCACAUGUUUGGAGAAGAGGAGGAUAUGCUGGCUGGCACUCUUUCAAUUGACGGAGAGUGACACUGGGCAGGGGAGACUCCUCCUUCGUGUGGCUCCAGACCAACACAGCAGGCUGCUGCCACUUGCCUUCUACAGCCUUCUCUCCUACUUUAAUGAAGAUGCAGUCACUAGGGAAGAGGCCUUUCUGCGUGUCGCUGUUGACAUGUACUUGAAGCUGGUCCAGCUCUUUGUGGCCGGAGAGACGAGUGCGGUGUCACCUCCGGCAGGCAGGGCCCAGGCUUAUCUCCAGGACAGCCCUGUAGAGUUGAUAACAAAAGCUCGUCUUUUUCUGCUGCAAUUAAUACCUCGGUGCCCAAGAAAGAGCUUCUCAAACAUGGCAGAGUUGCUGGCUGACUGUGGGGACUGUGACCCGGAAGUGAGCACCGCCCUACUGAGCAGGCAGCAGGCUGUGUCCUCUACAGACCUGUACCAGGAACCCCAUCUCUUCUGACUGGACCCGUGACGCACACCAGCCCGGCUCCUUUGUAAAUAAUUUAUUAUAAGCAUAACAUGGAGAUCUUGUUGCACUAAAAAGUGGAUUACAAACCUC